AUGACGGACUCUGCAAUAACCCCCGCUAAAAAUACUUUGAAACGAAAACAAGGCCACGAUGGCGACGACCAGACCGCUAGCCGCGCCGCCACUCCGUCCUCGAACGCGUCAGUAGGCGGCACCGACAACGCUGCAGAGACCGCUUCCAUUCACGAUGCGUCAGAUUCGCAAGCCACGGAGAGUGGAAAAAAUACAAAGAGGAGUAAGGGCCAAGGGAAGAAGUCAACCACCUCGAAGCCACGAUCCAAAGCUCCGAAAAAGCGAACCCCUUCUGCGCCAUGGCCAGACGAACUCAAACGCCUCUCCCAGACUCACCGUGCCCUGAACCUCGUAUAUACCUUCUGCUGCACGCGAAAACACUUUAUCACGACGUUUGACAAUAUCAAAAAGGCUGUCCAGGCGCAGCUUGGCCAAGGGAGAGAACUCACAGUCGAGGAUGUGGCGAGGGUCAAGGUGCUCGUCCCUCGGGCGGUGCGAUUCGAGUAUGUCGAUGAAGCCCGACUGGAGAUCAUGACGGUUGGCGAUCGAGAAAGCAUCGACUACGGAUUAGGAAGGGGUCAUGACACACUCACUACCGAGGAUCUGCCCGAUAAUAGCGUGGAUCACAAUGAUGGAAGGAAAGACGUUCUCUUUUUCGAAUUUGUGGACGGCGACCUCAAGCGGGAGGUGCAGAAUCCAAAAACUGGAGAGCCGUCGAAACCCACGCGCCGAAUGAAAGAUGAGGACCUGAAGAUGCCAGUGUACAGCCAAAAGCAGAUGCUUGCCCUUAUCGAGAAGCGAAACACCAAAUUUACCGAUGCGAUUGACGCAUUCCUCGUCCGCUGUGAAGAUGAAGGACUGGAACCGAUAGAGACUUUGGAACAGGAGAAAAUUGCGUUUCUGCCUACGCCUCCUGGCAGUGAGGUAAACACUCCCGCUUUUGCCAAGGCACCUGCGACGAUACCGAAAGAACGCAAAUCUAUCGCAGAAAUUAUUGCCGAAAUACGGGAAAUGGAGUGGUAUCAUGCUCAGAUCGUUCCGGAAGGACAUCGGGUAUUUGAUGCUCAAUCUCCAGUAUACGGUGACUUGACAUUUCAGCUGUCGCAAGACCUUGUCAAUGCGCUUUACAAUACGAAAGGCAUCACUCAGCUCUACUCUCAUCAGGCCGAGGCAAUCAAUCAUCUAUACGAAGGUCACAAUGUGAUUGUAUCCACCUCGACAAGCUCAGGAAAGUCGCUCAUCUACCAGGUUCCCAUGCUGCACGAACUGGAAAAGGAUCCUGACAGUAGGGGUAUGUAUAUCUUCCCUACCAAAGCCCUAGCCCAGGACCAGCGACGCAGCAUGAUGGAUCUAUUGCGGUUCAUGGAUGGCUUGCAGCAGACAAUAGUUGAGACAUUCGAUGGCGAUACGCCGAUGGGUAGCCGGAACCUCAUCCGUGAUGAGGCUCGCAUAAUUUUCACAAAUCCCGACAUGCUACAUAUUACCAUUCUUCCACAGGAAAGUGCAUGGCGCACUUUCUUAAAGAACUUGAAGUUCGUGGUUGUGGACGAGUUGCACGUGUACAACGGCUUGUUCGGGUCCCAUGUAGCAUACAUCAUGCGCCGACUCCGAAGAAUUUGUGCUGCAGUAGGAAAUCGACAUGUGAAAUUCAUAUCCUGUUCUGCUACAGUUGCAAACCCAGAGCAGCACAUGAAAUCGAUUUUUGGCGUGCGGGAUGUGAAAUUGGUGGAUUAUGAUGGAUCUCCAUCAGGCCGAAAGGAAUUUGUCUGCUGGAAUACUCCAUUCAAGGAUCCGGCUGAUCCAACCUCUGGACGCGGUGAUAGCGUCGCGGAGACUGCCCGCCUGUUCUGCCAAUUGGUCCUUCGGGGAGUAAGAGUGAUUGCUUUCUGUCGCGUACGAAAGCUAUGUGAGAUUCUCUUGCAAGCGGUUCACAGUGAGUUUCAAGCUCUCGAACGACCCGAAGUUGGCAAGAUGGUCAUGGGCUACCGAGGUGGAUACAGUCCCCAAGACCGUCGACGGAUUGAGAAGGAAAUGUUCGAGGGAAAGUUGAUGGGAAUUGUCGCUACCAAUGCACUUGAACUGGGCGUCGACAUUGGCUCACUUGACGCGGUGAUCACGCUUGGCUUCCCAUAUUCGAUUUCCAAUUUGCGACAGCAAAGUGGCCGUGCUGGUCGACGAAACAAAGACUCCCUGUCAGUGCUCGUUGGGGAGAGAUACCCAACAGACCAGCACUACAUGCAAAAUCCGGAUGAAAUAUUCACGAGGCCGAAUUGCGAGCUGCAAGUCGACUUGUCCAACGAGCUCAUCCAGGAAGGGCAUGUCCAGUGUGCCGCCUUCGAGAUGCCUAUUCGCCCGGAUGAAGACCAUGUCUACUUCGGCGAGCAACUAUUUGCCCUCGCUGCUACUCGCUUGAUCAAGGAUAGCAUGGGUUUCUAUCACUGCCACGACCGCUUCCGGCCUCAUCCAUCGCGGUGCGUGAACAUUCGUGACACAGAGGACACGCACUUUGCCGUGGUUGACACAACGAACAAUCGCAAUGUCGUCCUCGAAGAAGUCGAAGCCUCACGUGCAUUCUUCACUAUCUAUGAAGGCGGCAUCUUCCUACAUCAAGGUCAAACAUACAUCGUCAAGGAGCUCAACCCGGAGCGUCACUUUGCACGCGUCCUGCGCGUUCACGUCGAUUGGAGCACUAUGCAGCGUGACUACACAGAUAUUGAUCCCAUCGAGACCGAGGCCAUGCGUCUUGUCGGCACCGGACCAGAUUCCUGCCGCGCGUUCUUCGGAGCCGUGCAGAUUCACGCCGUUGUAUACGGCUUCUUCAAGAUUGACAAGCGUGGCCGUAUUCUCGACGCCGUCGCCGUCGACAAUCCCCCAAUUGACCUGUUCACAAAGGGUAUGUGGCUAAACGUGCCCUCCCGAGCCAUCGACAUCCUCGAAUCGCACAGACUCAACGUUGCAGCCGCUAUUCACGCCGCUGAACACGCCGUACUCUCACUCCUUCCAUCCUUUGUGAUAUCUUCUCCCGGUGACGUUCGCACCGAAUGCAAGGUCGCAAAGAAAGAGAUUAGUAGCGGGCUCCGUCGUGCCAAUGCAUCUGGCAAGUCUAACGCAGAGCUUGAGAAGAAGAUCCAACCCCCAUCACGCCAGAGACCUGCACGGUUGACCUUCUACGACGCGAAGGGCGGAUCUUGCGGGUCAGGUAUUGCGAGCAAGGCGUUCGAAUUUAUCGGAUUGCUGCUAAGACGCGCGGUGGCUCGUAUUGAAUCUUGUUCUUGUCUUUCGCCCCAGGGGUGCAUCGAGUGCGUUUGUGAUGAGCGAUGUAAGGAGAUGAACGUUGUUAUGAGCAAGGCUGGUGCAGGUGUUAUACUUCGCUGUUUGCUGGGGUGGGAGGUCGAUGUUGAUGCUUUGCCUUGGGGCGAGGAUGUGGAUGGGGUGGAAUUGGGUGUUGGCAGUAGUAGGGAACUGGCUGGUGGGUGGGAGACGGUUGUGAGAGCCAAGGACGUCCCCUGGAAGGCUGGCUGUGGCCCAGAUGAGAAGGAGACCUGGUAA